UGGACACUCACUGGCAGUUAACUCACGCACUGCGUGAGCUUCGCUGAGGCUGGGGUGGAGAGAGACACUCGGGCUGCUCCGGCUUUGGAAAGUGGGAUCUCUGCUUGGUUUCUCUCUGUGUCUGUUUUGGUGGACUAUUAGAUGAGAGCAGAGGAAAUCUCUGGCUGUCUCUCCUCCAGCACUGACCACUGACCAUCACUACUACUGUGCUGCAUCCAUGACUUUAAAUACCUGGCUGGUGUAUGGGCUUGGAUUUAUCUUGGUUUGGGCACUCUGCGUGAAACAGGUCCAGGGGCUGCAGUGCUAUGGCUGUAACAUCAUCCAGGGCCAGAGGUAUGUGGAUGUGGGCUGCUCCAACCCAGAGGUCAUCACCUGCGCCCACUCACACAAAGGCUUCAAACACCGUUUCUGCAUCAAGACAGAGAGCACGGCCCUGGGUAUCGUCCUGACCAGUGGUUGUGCCACAUCUAGACACUGCCAGCAACAUGAGCUGCCUGGAGUGCGCAUCCAUUGCUGUGACUCAGAUCUAUGUAACAGCGCCCCCUCCUGGCACCCAAGCACACUCCAUUACAUCUGUGCACUGUUCAGCCUCCUGCUGCUGAGGAUGUGGUUGUGAUGUGGGGUAAAUCUGGAGCAUAACACCAGUGGACUAUGGGAGAAACAACAGCUCUCAUCUCUUCUCUUAGCUGCUCAUGUUUAGGGCUGAAUGAGAGUAUUACUCAGAGUGGUGUCACUGGAGAGCACCUUGAAAUAGUAGCUUUUGUCACAUUGUUAGCUGGGACUUGCAGUCAGAGCGAUGUGAAUAUGUUUGAUCAAAUAACGACAAAGCAGCUUGCAGUCAUCAGUGAAUUUAUUGUGCACAUCCACUCACGCAAAUGUAGUACAGUGGGGUAUUAUGGGACAUGUGUUCCCAUGAACGAAAGAUCUCAGAGUCAGUAUGUCCAUAAUAGACAUCACCUUUAAAAAGGCUUACAUCCACUUUUACUGUGACACAUGAAUCCCAUUUUCUUUGUUAAUAAGUUCAUCAUCUCUCUUAAGAUCCAAUCUUUGUGUGCAGUAUGUUCUUCUGAAUUCACAGGCUAUUUACUUUGCAAAAUUAAAGAUAUUUUUUUAGUUUGCUGUCCAGUUCUUCAGGCUAAGCUUGUGGGAAGCACACUGCAUGUGGUUCUGUGUAGGAUUGUAAGAAAUAUUGUACAGUGAAAGCAUGUAAUGUUGUGAAUUACUGUAUUAAAAUGUUUCAUAUUUUUCAAAAGAAAAAUGCUUUGAACUCUGCAAUUUUUAUUAUACCAAGAAACACCAUGAAGGUCACAUGCUACACAGUCAGAGCUAAUUAAAAUGACUUCGGAUUCACAUGAUGUCUACACUUAAUAAAAUUAAAAAAACA